AUGUUCGCCCAAUACGUAGACCGCGACCACCGGGAAUGGGACGAAGCGCUACCGGCACUCCAAUUCGCGUACAACACCGCCGUACACGACGCCACCGGGUACACGCUGGCGUUCGUGAACCACGGCCGCGAGUUAACACCGCCCACCCUGGCCCUCCCCCGAAACCCGGAGGCCCCGACGCCCGAUACCAUCCAACGCCGACUCCAGGAAGCCGAGGAGGUCAUCCGAAUAAAUCUGGCCAGGAGCUUCCAGAGACAGGAGCGGUAUUAUAACCUUCGACGGAGGCAGUGGCGACCGCAAGUGGGCGAUAAGGUGUGGAAACGAGAGCACCCGCUGUCGAAUAAGGCGAACGCCUUCAACGCCAAGCUCACACCGAAGUUCAUCGGACCGCUGGAGGUACGUCGGAUGAUCUCGCCCGUAAUCGCCGAUCUCCGAAGUAGAAGCGGGAAAUGGUACCGACAUAUACACAUCCAGGACCUUAAACCCGCUCCGAAAGAUAACAACAACAACAGAACGGAGACCUCCGAUGACGACAGCGAUUACAGCGACGAGGAGUACAGAGAAAGAAACAAGCAACAAACAGCCGAAUAA